UUUCCCUUCUCUCGCUUUUGUUUUCUUUUGAGAGCACCUUCCCCAAUUUCCAAUUUAUGAGGUUGUUGCCGUCCUUCUCUUCUCACACUACUCUUUCUCUGUAACGCCCCAAUCAAUCAACCUACCCAUUUCCCAUUCACCACCAAUACAGGGUUCGUUGAUCUGAAUGAUUGAGAAUUCACGUUGGAUUCAAUCAUCUGAAUUUCUCGAAUGCUGAAAGCUAUUGGAAUUGGUUUGGCACGAAAUAAUGGGUCCUGAGGGGACUGUGGUUGCCUUACUUUUAUAGGAUAUGGAAUAGGCUGUGUUUGAACAAGUGUUUAUGUCCAACUGAACACAACGGAGGGGGAGCCCAGAUGGAUAACAAACAUACUUAGUUGUUGGCACCUUCGUAUAUAUUAGUUUGUAGAUUAUGAUGAAAAGAAAUCGGGUUUUCCUUAUUGUAAUGCUAAGCUAGUCAUCUCCUUUGUCAUUUGAUCUGAGAGAGCUAAUUUGUGGUCUUUGAAUGGAAAAGAAAAGAUUAGAUGACUACGAACCAAGUCCAGUUCCUUCACCAAGAGCAGUAGAUAGAUUUGGGUUUGUAAAACAAGAUGCUAAUACUUCUGAUGGCUUAGUCAAGAGUAGAUCAGCGUAUGACCAUGAGAGAAUUAGGGAGGAGAGAAGGGUUAGAAAAUGGAGGAAGAUGAUUGGGGUUGGCGGGAGUGAUUGGAAACAUUAUCUCAGAAAAAAACCCCAUGUUGUUAAAAGGCGUAUAAGGAAAGGAAUUCCUGAUUGUCUAAGGGGCCUUGUUUGGCAGUUGAUAUCUGGAAGUCGGGACCUAUUGCUCAUGAAUCCUGGAGUUUAUGAGCAACUAGUCAUAUAUGAGACAUCAGCUUCUGAGCUAGAUAUAAUUCGAGACAUUUCUCGAACAUUCCCCUCACAUGUGUUCUUCCAACAGAGACAUGGACCUGGGCAACGGUCCCUCUACAAUGUUUUAAAAGCUUACUCAGUCUUUGACAGAGAUGUAGGAUAUGUUCAGGGGAUGGGGUUUUUAGCAGGUCUUUUACUUCUUUAUAUGAGUGAGGAGGAUGCAUUUUGGUUGUUGGUGGCAUUGCUGAAAGGAGCCGUUCAUGCCCCAAUGGAAGGCUUGUAUCUGGCAGGAUUGCCUCUAGUACAGCAAUACCUCUCUCAAUUUGAACUCUUGGUGAGGGAGCAUCUACCAAAAUUGGGAGAACAUUUUUCCCAAGAAAUGAUAAAUCCUAGCAUGUAUGCCAGUCAAUGGUUCAUAACUGUGUUUUCAUAUUCCUUUCCAUUCCAUUUGGCUCUUCGAAUUUGGGAUGUAUUUCUGUAUGAGGGUGUUAAAAUCGUCUUUAAAGUUGGCUUGGCACUGUUGAAGUACUGCCACGAUGACUUGAUUAAACUACCAUUUGAGAAACUGAUACAUGCCUUGAAAAACUUCCCUGAGGAUGCAAUGAAUCCAGAUACGUUAUUACCUUUGGCAUAUUCGAUCAAGAUAUCCAAGCGUUUAGAGGAACUUAAAGAAGAAUAUGAGAAGAAGAAUGGAAAGAUUAGUAGGUCUGGAGAACUUUCUAAGAAGCCCAUGCUUUCAAGCCUCCAUAGCAACUGAAGCAGGAGUACAAGCUUAAAGGAUUCAUAGGACCUGCUUGGAACUAUGACAAUGUCAAAAUCACAUUCUUAGAUUCUGUAUUGUGACAAUAUGUUGUAUCUUUUGUACAGUUAUAUCAGUUAUUGACUUCUCAUCCAAGUUCUGUGAAUUUGAAAAUCUAUUGUACAUCUAAAUACUGAUAUAGGUCUUAUACUUCCCUGACUGUAUAAAGUCGAUUUUUUAAAGAACAAAACGUGAUUUUUGUUA